CUUCUUUUUCCAUCUUCACCGUCUGGAGCCCCAAGGCAGCAUGGCCAGCAACCUGGACAUCUUUGUGGGGAACACCACGCUCAUCGAUGAGGAGGUCUACCAGCUCUGGCUGGAUGGAUAUUCUGUGAACGAUGCGGUGGGUCUCCGCCUGCGGAGCGGGAUCCUGGAGCAGACGGGGGCCACGGUGGACGUGCUCCAGAGCGACACCAUGGACCACUACCGCACCUUCUACAUGCUGGAGCGGCUCCUGCACUCGCCCCCCAAGCUGCUCAACCAGCUGCUCUUCCAGAUCCCUCCCUAUCGCCAGACCAUGCUGAUUGAGAGGUACUAUGCCUUCGACGAGGCCUUCGUGCGGGAGGUUUUGGGCAAGAAACUCUCCAAAGGCACCAAGAAAGACCUGGACGACAUCAGCGUCAAGACCGGCGUGACCCUCAAGAGCUGCCGCCGGCAGUUUGACAAUUUCAAGAGGGUCUUCAAGGCAGUCGAAGAGCUCCGGGGGUCACUGGUGGAAAACAUCCAGCAGCACUUCUUGCUCUCAGACCGGCUGGCCAGGGAUUACGCGGCCAUCGUCUUCUUUGCCAACAGUCGCUUUGAGACGGGCAAAAAGAAGCUGCAGUACCUGACCUUUGAGGAUUUCUCCUUCUGUGCGGAACAGAUGAUCCAGAACUGGACCUUGGGAGCUGUGGAUAGCAAUGUGGACGAUAUGGAUGUCGACCUCGAUAAGGAGUUUCUGCAAGGCCUGAAAGAGCUGAAGAUCCUGGUCACCGACAAGGACUUGUUAGACCUGCACAAGAGCUUGGUGUGUACGUCGUUGCGGGGAAAGAUCUCGGUGUUUGGUGAGAUGGAAGCCAAUUUUAAGAACCUCUCCCGGUCCCUCAUCAACAUCGCUUCCAAGCUCACCCACAGCAAAGACGUCCGGGACUUUUUUGUGGACCUGGUCGAGAAGUUUGUGGAGCCCUUCCGGUCGGACAAGUGGAGCCCGAACGACGUGCGCCUCUUCCUGACGCAAUACACGGCCUGUGCCCACACCCUGGACGCAUUCAGGCACCAGGCCCUGUGGGAGCGCUACAUGGGGACCCUCAAGGCCUGCCUUUUGAAGAUCUACCACGACUGAGCCUCGUCUUUCACGUCCAGUUAUUUAUUUUGGAUUCCUAAACUCUCUGUCGCCUUUGAGGCGAGACCCAUGCGAGGGGCCAUAGACGUCUGAGCCUCCCCUGCGGCAGGAGGACAUUGUCAUUCAUGCUCUUGUGCCAGAAGUUACCCUUUGAGGACAACUCCCCGAAUCCUGGCUGGAGGCUGUGGGAUUCUGGGCCUUAGAGUACGUAGAAGACACAACUUUCAAGGCUCUCGCUUCCCUCCUGGCCCAGGCCUCGCUUCUCUGCUUCCUUCUGUUUGGGAGAAAUAAAAGAGCCCUUCCCUGGCCUCCCUCGCCGGGAUGUUGUGAGGAUAAAGGUGGGAAGGGAAGGAGCCAUGAAAUCAAUGCCUGGAUAUCAAGGUAACAAAUAAAGGAUGCCGGACCCUAAACCAA